CAACAUCAAACCGCAAUCCAGCGGCUGUGAUUCCCACAUCACGCCAUCCUCCCCCACCCGCUCCCGGACUGCCGCCUCGGGUUAGGUUUAGGGCUUCGUCGCCGUCAGCCGCCGUGCCGCCGGCAGCCCUGCCCGCCCCCCUCCCCAACUGAACGAGAGGAUGUCGGAUGCGAACCCGCCGGAUAGCCAUAUGUACGGCCACGACGGCGCAGCCGGCGAGGGGGCCGGCGGCGGCGGCGGCGGCUUGGAGGGCGGGUCCGGGGUCGAGAAGAUGGAUGCCGCCGCCGCCUCCACCUCCACCGCCCCGCAGGCGUCGGAUCAGGACCACCUCGCCGACGCCGUCGACGCGGCCAUGCCGCUCAUCAACGCCACCUCGAACCAGCUCACGCUCUUGUUCCAGGGCGAGGUGUAUGUCUUCGACUCGGUCACGCCCGAAAAGGUGCAAGCUGUGCUGUUACUGUUAGGAGGGUGCGAAGUACCAACUGGUAUAGCUGGCAUGACAUUACCCUGUCACCAGGAUGACAGGGGUUAUGAUGAUAUACUACGACGGACAAAUAUUCCUGCAAAAAGGAUUGCUUCACUGAUUAGGUUCCGUGAAAAGCGCAAGGAAAGAAAUUUUGAUAAGAAAAUCCGUUAUAAUGUCCGCAAGGAGGUCGCUCUCAGAAUGCAGCGUCGGAAAGGGCAAUUUGCUGGGAAGGCAAAUCCCCAGGAAGGGGCGUCUGCCUCGUCAAGUGUUCAUCUUGCUCAGAGCUCAACCCAAGACGAGCCUCCUCGACAAUCGAAAUGUCAGAAUUGUGGCAUUAGUGAAAAGAUGACGCCGGCAAUGCGUCGUGGGCCAGCUGGUCCAAGGUCUCUUUGCAAUGCUUGUGGACUAAUGUGGGCAAACAAGGGUACAUUGAGGAGCCCUUCUAAGGUGAAAAUGAGUAGUCAGAGCCCUGCCAAUCCGAUCGAACAUGGUGAAGCCAUUGAUGCAGAAUUGGGGAGUGACAACAAAGCCCUUGUUCAUACAUCAAACAAUCAUGACUCUGUUGUUGUAACCACUGCUGAGAUAGUGGCGGAGGGUAUACCAGCAGGUGGGAGCCAAGAGAUGGAGGAAGACUUUAAGACCGAACUGUAAGAAGUAUAAAAUUGUAUUUUUCAUUAAUAGAAGCUUUGGGAUCUUCUGGGUUUAAUUUAUAUGGACUGCUUGAUCGAACGAGGGAUGAGAUAGGAGAGUGCAGCACUUCAUGCGAGAGCAUGCUGAUAUCGCUGUGCAUGUGAGAUGUACAUCGUGUCGUCACUAUUUUCUGUACAGGAACCUUCAUGAUCUGACAGAAAAUGACCUGCAUUAUCUGCAACCUUUGUUUCCUCCCCAUUCUUUUGAAACUUGAAGAAUGUCAAUGGCGCUAAGCCAUAAAUGGCGUUGUAGCUCAGAAUUUCGGUGGAUGUCAAAGAUGUUAGAUUGAUGAAAGAGUUCGGUAUGUUGCUUUUUUUUUU